CCCCUCCCUCGCCUCUUCCUGCCAGGCGGUCCUCCUCUCCACCCGCCCCCCCACUCUCUACUCCCUCCGCCUUGCUCCCUCCGCCCUCCCAGGGCUCUGGCGGCCGCGGAGUGAACGGGACGGGCCCGACCGCAGAGCGCGGGGCGGCGGGUGAGACGCGGGAGCCCGGCAGAGUUGUUCCGGCCCUGUCCGCGAAGACGUGAGGAGUUUUGAUCAGGUGGAUGUGGAAAGAGAAGUUUGUAGAAUUGAAAUGGAGGUCAGAGCUGCAUUGCAGAAGGUUAGUGGGUCGUCGGAUUCUGUGGCCACGCUGAACAGUGAAGAAUUUGUUUUGGUUCCUCAGCAUGCAGAUGAUACUUCUACAAAAGAGGAUGAAAAACCCGAACUGAAGAUAGUUUCUAAUGGUGAUGAACAAUUGGAAAAAGCCAUGGAAGAGAUUUUGAGAGAUUCUGAGAAAGGGCAAAGCACUCUUCUUGUUGAUUGUCAAAGUUCCACUGAGAUUUCAGAACAUUCAUUUGGAGAUAUUUCAGCUAGCCAAACAAAUAAGCCGUCUCUCCAGUUAAUUUUGGAUCCAUCAAAUACAGAAGUUUCUACACCCAGACCAUCUUCUCCAAGUGGAUUACCUGAAGAAGAUAGUGUUUUAUUUAACAAACUGACCUACUUAGGAUGUAUGAGGGUUUCUUCCCCACGUAAUGAAGUGGAGGCUUUACGAGCAAUGGCAACUAUGAAAUCUUCCAGUCAGCACCCCUUUCCUGUUACUCUGUAUGUGCCAAAUGUUCCAGAAGGUUCUGUGAGAAUUAUAGACCAAUCCAACAAUGUGGAGUUAGCUUCUUUCCCGAUCUAUAAGGUGUUAUUCUGUGCACGUGGACAUGAUGGGACAACAGAGAGCAAUUGCUUUGCAUUUACAGAGAGUUCCCAUGGUUCAGAAGAAUUUCAGAUACAUGUUUUCUCCUGUGAAAUUAAAGAGGCUGUAAGCAGAAUUUUAUAUAGUUUCUGUACAGCAUUCAAACGUUCUUCCAGACAAGUGACUGAUGUUAAAGACUCGAUUAUUCCUACCCCUGACAGUGACGUGUUCACCUUCAGUGUCUCCUUGGAGGUAAAAGAAGAUGAUGGAAAAGGAAACUUUAGUCCUGUUCCUAAGGAUAGAGACAAAUUUUAUUUCAAAUUAAAACAAGGAAUAGAGAAGAAGGUUGUGAUUACAGUGCAGCAACUUUCUAACAAAGAAUUAGCUAUUGAAAGAUGUUUUGGAAUGUUAUUAAGCCCAGGUCGAAACGUGAAGAACAGUGACAUGCAUUUACUGGAUAUGGAAUCCAUGGGCAAGAGCUAUGAUGGGAGGGCUUACGUUAUUACUGGCAUGUGGAACCCCAAUGUACCAAUAUUUCUGGCACUUAAUGAAGAAACCCCAAAAGAUAAGCGAGUGUACAUGACGGUGGCAGUGGAUAUGGUCGUCACAGAGGUCGUGGAGCCUGUGCGCUUCCUUCUGGAGACAGUAGUACGUGUGUACCCUGCGAAUGAGCGGUUUUGGUAUUUCAGCAGGAAGACUUUCACGGAGACUUUCUUCAUGAGGUUGAAACAGUCUGAGGGAAAAGGGCACACCAAUGCUGGAGAUGCAAUAUAUGAGGUAGUAAGUCUACAACGACAGUCUGAGAAGGAGGAACCAGUCACUCCCACUAGUGGAGGGGGUCCAAUGUCACCGCAGGAGGAUGAAGCAGAAGAGGAGAGUGAUAAUGAACUCUCAAGUGGAACAGGUGAUGUGUCUAAGGAUUGUCCUGAGAAGAUCCUGUAUUCUUGGGGAGAACUGCUAGGAAGAUGGCACAGUAACCUUGGUGCACGACCGAAGGGGCUGUCCACUCUGGUGAAGAGCGGUGUCCCCGAAGCCCUGAGGGCAGAAGUGUGGCAGUUAUUAGCAGGCUGCCAUGACAACCAGGCAAUGCUGGAUAGAUACCGACUUCUUAUCACAAAGGACUCAGCCCAGGAGAGUGUUAUCACCCGAGACAUUCAUCGUACAUUUCCUGCACAUGAUUACUUUAAAGAUACCGGAGGAGAUGGCCAGGAAUCACUCUACAAGAUCUGCAAGGCCUACUCUGUCUAUGAUGAAGACAUCGGGUACUGUCAAGGACAGUCUUUUCUGGCUGCUGUAUUGCUCCUGCAUAUGCCAGAAGAGCAAGCGUUCUGUGUUUUGGUGAAAAUCAUGUAUGACUAUGGCUUACGAGAUCUCUACAAAAACAACUUUGAAGAUCUUCAUUGCAAGUUCUAUCAGUUGGAGAGACUAAUACAGGAGCAGUUACCGGACCUGCAUCACCAUUUUUGUGUUCUGAAUCUGGAAGUUCAUAUGUAUGCCUCCCAGUGGUUCCUCACUCUUUUUACAGCCAAGUUCCCACUCUGCAUGGUCUUCCACAUCAUCGACUUACUGCUCUGUGAGGGUUUGAAUAUAAUCUUUAAUGUAGCCUUGGCUCUCCUAAAGACCUCAAAGGAAGAUCUUCUGCAGGCUGAUUUUGAAGGUGCUUUAAAGUUUUUCAGAGUUCAGCUUCCAAAGAGAUACAGGGCGGAGGAAAAUGCCAGAAGAUUGAUGGAGCAGGCUUGCAACAUUAAGGUACCAACCAAGAAACUGAAGAAAUAUGAGAAAGAGUAUCAGACAAUGCGGGAGAGUCAGCUGCAGCAGGAAGACCCAAUGGAUAGAUACAAGAGGGAGAACCGGAGACUACAGGAGGCCAGCAUGAGGCUGGAACAGGAGAACGACGACCUUGCCCACGAACUCGUCACCAGCAAGAUUGCUCUGCGAAAUGACUUGGAUCAGGCAGAAGACAAGGCAGAUGUGCUGAAUAAGGAGCUCCUCCUGACCAAACAGAGGCUGGUAGAGACUGAGGAAGAGAAGAGGAAGCAAGAAGAAGAGACGGCCCAGCUAAAAGAAGUCUUCCGGAAACAGCUGGAGAAGGCUGAGUAUGAGAUAAAGAAGACCACAGCUAUCAUUGCCGAGUAUAAGCAGAUCUGUUCCCAGUUAAGUACCAGACUGGAGACACAGCAGGCCGCCAGCAGGGAGGAGCUGGAAGUGGUUAAGGGUAAAAUGAUGGCCUGUAAACACUGCAGUGACAUUUUCAGCAAAGAGGGGGCCCUGAAGCCCGCGGCCGUCAGCAGGGAGGAGCAGGGGGUGGACCUGGAUGACGAGAAGGACAACCUGAAGAAGCAGCUGAGGGAGAUGGAGCUGGAGUUGGCGCAGACCAAGCUGCAGCUGGUGGAGGCCAAGUGCAAAAUCCAGGAACUGGAACAUCAGAGAGGAGCCCUUAUGAAUGAAAUCCAAGCUGCAAAAAACUCUUGGUUUAGCAAAACCCUGAACUCUAUCAAAACGGCCACGGGCACCCAGCCACUGCAGCCACCGCCGGCCACCCAGCCACCCAAGGAGAGCACAUAGUUCCAGCCUCCCCAAAGCACAAGAGCACAACGAUCAAAGGGACAGAAACCCAGGAGGAAUCUCCUGGUAUCCCUUUGCAGGAAAGUAGAGGAGGCCAGAAAGCAAGCCAGGAUCUCUCAGUAGCUCUCACUCGUUCUCGUUUGACACUUUGCAAAGGGAUGUUAUUUAAACUGACCUGAGUUAUGUUGAAUACCUGCUUUCGAGCUUCUCAUGGAAGGCCAAGUUCAGUUCCACCAUAGUAUUACCCAUUAUUUUAUAUGCCUGAUGUUUAGUUGGAAAUAAGUACUUCAGAACUAAAUGCUUUUAAUUUAGAACUAAUUAUUCAUAAUUACUUUUAUCUUACAUAAAAAUGGAGAUGUCUUUUAUUCCAAGAUUGAAGUGAUAGGAUAUUUGUCACAGCAAAAAAACAAAAAAAAAAAAAAAAAAGAAAAAAAGAAAAAAAAAAGAAAAAAAGAUUGAAAUCUAAACCUCUUAUCUUUUCAGGAUUUAUUCAGAUAAAGCACACUGUGGGACCAUUCAUGACGACUGUCAGGUUUCUUCCUGAAAGUGACUCCCUGGAAAAUGAUAAUCCUGUCCAAAGAAUAAACCUGGGAUUGAACAGUCCUCCCAAAAAGAAUGAGUUUAUUUUCAUUUUCUGUUGCGUAUAUCUGGAAGUGAAGUGCCAAGAACCAUGGAAUAAGAUAAACUAUUGAGAAAACAACCUAGAGGAAAGGAACAGAAAUUUUGAUAAAUGCAGGAUAAGAUAAAUCAUUCGGCCCUAGUACUCCCAACAGGUCCUUUUGAGAAACUCUACAUGCAAAUUGCCGAUUCCUAAGUCUGAACACAGUUGUGACUCCCAGCAGACUUGAAGUCAGAGGUGGCUACUGUGAGUUGCAGCAUUAGGGAACCUUUACUGGAAAAGCCCAGAGAGACCCAGGUUCAGCCAAAGUGCUUCAAAUGAAAUAGAGAACCAGGGACAGAGUAUGUCAUUUAAGGUUGACAUAUAUUUGCUAAGUAAACACUAAUAUACUCUACCUUUUUAAAGUUACAAAAUGGAAAAUUAAGGUCAGUUUCACUUCAUCUUAGUUUACUGUUAGACAACUUGAACUAUUUCUGUAUCUCCCUAAAACUGUGCCCUUGGUACCCCAGAUGAAGAGAUGCAAAUGCAUUGGUAACAUUUUUGAUUGAAUAUAAAAUCUUUAUAGAAAUACUUAUCUCAUGGAAAGGUAAAGCUAUUGUUUAAAAGUUGGUGGAAAUAGUGUUUUUUUAAUUAUAUUUAACAUAUAAUUGAAUAUUCUUUGAAUUGAACAUAUAUUUAACAUAUAAUUGGAAAAAAAAAAACUAUUUCCACCAACUUACAUAUAUAUAGUCCUUGCAGGAGAUUCUUUGGUAACAGCAAAACUAAUUUUCCCAUUUUCUGAACUAGUUUGGAGGCUUAGAUCCUUUUACGCCAACCGAACUGCCGUCAGCGAUGUACAAUAACAUUUAUUGAUACUCAUCCUUCCCUUCAUUGUUGAACAUAUUCUUUGCAAAGGAUCUUAAACUCUGUAGCCAGAGUGAUUCUCAUCUGUGCCAUAUGUUGCAAUGAAAAGUUACACAUUCUUGGAAGUACAAAUUAAAUAAGAGCCAGCUCAACUCCAGGAGCAUGCACUAUUAAGUUGCUCAUAGUAGAUAACUUCCCUCCAAAAUGAUCAUUAAACUCUAAAUUAAGUCCCCUUCAUUGGUAAGUGUUUAUUAAAUCAUCUACAACCCAUAAAACUGAUAUGGAUGUUAUCCUUUAUUACAUUUAUCAGAUGAUACUUUUCUUACAGAAUUGUGUUUUGUCCUGACGUCUUUCAUUAUAAUAUUCAUUUCCUUGUACCAAAAAGGAAAAUAAUCCAGCAUUCUGAGUGUCUGUGUUGACGCUGAUGUUCCCUACUUGGUGAUUUAGAAAAGGUAAUUUUUUUUUUGUUGUUGUAAAAUUAGAAAAUCUAGAAAAUUGCAUCUUGGUACUUGUUUCUAUAAGUCAUUUAGCAUAAUUUUUUAGCUUUACUGGUACUUUAUGCUUUGAUUCCAAGAAGCCUUGUACAAGUUGCCUUAUCAAAUGGCCAGCUCAAUUAAAGAUGUUCUUUUGUGUUGUGUCAAUCUCAUAGUUUUACUGUACAGAGCUCUUUUUAACUUUGAAAAAUCAGCACGUUCCACAGAAUGCCUGAAUUGCAUAAUUUUCCUUACGUGGCAGUUGAGGGAGAAAUGGAAUGGCUGUAAGUCCAGUCCUCACCUGUAUACCAGGUUCAGUUCCAGAGCCCCUUACAUUUUUUUUCUUUAAACAAAAUCACCAGGUACAUACAUUCCAAAUGAAUAAUCUUUUACAUUUUCUCUUAACUCUUUCAGAGUUAAUUGCCAUUUUAAUGGCAAUCUAUAGAUUUUUUUUCUUUCUUCUCCAGUUCCAUAUCAUACUUAGUUAUGUGUAUUGGUACCAUAAGUCUAAACCGUUCCUCACUGCAAUGCCUUUGGGUCAGUUGCAAUACUAGAUAGAAAGAAAGAAAAUUCAGAAUUUGGUAUAUGAUGUGUUUAUUCAUUCAACAUGUUAGAAUAGCACCAGCCCAGCCACAUGUCCUUUCCCCUGUAUUGUUUGAAAACUCAUGCAUCCCCGUGUUAAAUAACUGUUCAUUUUAAUUUCACUUAUUUUGAAAUAUAUUUGAAAAUUACUACUCUUCUCUUGAAUUUCUUUUAGAAAGUCAUCAACCAGCCCAGAUAUCUAGGAAAUUUCCAAAUAUUCUAGAGUGUUUUUCAUCUUUUCCUAGGAUAUGUUAUAUAAAACAUUCCUCCAGAAAUCCAACACUUGCAGCAAUCUGAAGAGUGAUGAUUUCUCUUCUCAUUAAAUUCUGAAGAAUAAAUGAAAGGAGUGAAUUUCAAUUUGAUAGUUCAGUUCAUUAGCUUUUAUAUCUUGAGAUUCUUGUUUAACACAUUCUUUGAAGCUGAAAAAAAAAAAACACCCAGUUGAACUGUGCAGUGCAUAUGUUUGCUGGUUUCACACCCUGAGCCACUGCACAAUUUGGUUAUAUUUAGUUACAUACAAUUUAAUGCAAAGAAAUUCCCAGUUACCUAAUGCUCUGUGUGUGAGUGCCUAUCAGGAACACUAAGGGAAUGUCCUAGAGGCCUCUGGCCUCUCCUUCCAUACAACCACUCUCUCUUUCCCUCUCCCAGCUAUUCAGUUCAUAAUUUCUUCACUGGCUUUCUUAAAUUUCCAAAGUACAAAAGCAAUCUUUGUACUAAAUGUUGGGAUAGUUAAUAUUUAUCUUGUUUAUUCCCCCCCCCCAAUUUUUCAUCCUUUUGUACUGUGUAUUAAUAAUUAUUUUUCUCAAACCGCUACUCCCAUUUCCUUAAAAUAUUUUCCAGUUAAUAACUGGUGGCUUUAUUUCCCAGUGAAAGAGAGAAAAACAAGAGAAUGCACAAUUUAGGGCGCGAGAUGAAAGAUCCCUGAAAAGAGUGAUCAGUUAACUGAGAAUGAGGCCUGCUCAGGUAACUGAUGUAAGGGGUUGAGUUUUCUUUAGCUGACAUUGGCCCACUCAUGAUUCUGCUAAGGCAGUUGUCUGAUUUCAGGAUCCCUUGAAGGGAAAAGGGAACUUUUAAAAAAUUAGAUACCUUGUUUUUUGUUUUUUGUUUUUUCUCCCUCUGGGAAAGAAUACUUUUAAUUACUUACUUAGCAAGAGGAUUCUGUUGUACAACUUACUUUUUAAAAAUACCCAAACUCUUAAAUAUCUGAUUUUCUUGCUUCAGUGACAA